AUGUCCCAAGCAAUCAAGUUGUACACAUGGGGUACCCCCAAUGGAUUCAAGGUUUCCAUCUUUUUGGAAUUUCUUGGACUUAAAUACGACGCAGUCCCCGUUGACAUCAGCAAGAAUGAAUCUAAAUCCGACUGGUUUGUCAAAUUGAAUCCUAAUGGACGUAUCCCCACCAUUGAGGAUCCCAACUUCAAGUCUGAUAACACUGCGGGUCCAUUGGUCUUGAGUCAAACUGGAGCCAUUUUACAAUACCUUGCUGACACUUAUGACAAGGAACACAAGUUCAGCUACCCGUACGGCACAGGUGAAUACUACAAGACAUUGGAAUACUUGAUCUUCCAAGUCAGUGAAAACGGACCAAUCCAGGGCCAAGCCAACCACUUUCUCCUCUAUGCACCUGAAAAGGUGCCAUAUGGAAUCAAUAGAUACACGACUGAUGUCAAGAGGAUCUACGGUGUUUAUGAGGAUAUCUUGUCGAGAAACAAAGAGAAUGGCAGCAAGUAUUUAGUUGGUGAUCGUUACACCGUGGCUGAUUUCGCUUUAUUUGGAUGGGC